AUGCAUCCACAUACUUUUGGUAUACUCCGAAUGGAGGAGAGCCUGAGGAGGAUGCAAAUAUUCGAAUCUUUUGAUCCCCUCACCAUCGGCGUCGACCACAACCGAAACUCUUGGUUCAAAGCAAGACACGCGUUUUGUCUAUUUCCUAAAUUACCACCGGAACUUCAGCUUAUGAUCUGGGCUGCGGCUGCGGAUGAUAGACAGAUUGUUCGCAUAAAACCUUGUGCAGAAGAUGGAUCAGGAGGGGAAGGAUUUUUGGCUGACUACACAGCGCCAAAGUAUACUGUAAUAUUCGAGGGAAUUCUUCGAAAUCCUAUCUACUUCAACUAUCAGCAAGAUUUUGUAAGCCUUGUUGGUAGUAGCACACUUGAGCAUUUUACAGUUCUCUCGGGGGAAGACAAUACAAUUUCCGAAGAGAUUCAAAGGAUUGAGAAUGUACUCUUGAUGGUGACAGGUUUAGGCAGUGGGGAGAGUGAGGAAGAUGUACUGAUUGAUGCUUUGGCUAUUUGGGAUGGUGUCAAGCGUCUUAUCAUUGCAGAAAGAUCGCCAACAUGGUGGGGUACAUUCAAAGAGAUUUGGUCGGACAGGGAGGUGAAGAAAAUCUCUGAUGACGCCAAAGCUAAACAUACCAGGGAGAGACUCCACACGCCAGGCUUCCCAGAAGUUCGUAUUGUCAAGUUCGGUGAUGUUCUGAAUACAGUUGAAAGCAAUGAAAACCAAUCAUCGGGAAGUACAUACGCCAUGCUUCGAUUUUUCGAUUUUUUGUUUGAUGCUGACUCUACAUACAAUACCAAGAGAGCUGUGAGACGCAAUGGAACACCGAAGAUUCCGAAGUCCUUUUCUGAGACUUUUCCGAAUAAUAGUUUCAUCAGCGUCAAGUACAUCGUUCCCUCUCCUCUCCACGUCUGCCAAAGCUCCAGAGAACUGGCUCUUAAAAUCUAUAGACGAGUGCCUACUACCUACGGCAAUACCAGUGAAGGAUCAGCACCUUUCUACAUCAAUGCCGACGAGGACUCCAUUCUAUUCGAGACUGAAUAUAGAUCCGGGUCCACCCGUCCGGCACUUCGAUUCUGGGUUCUCGACGGCAAGACUUUUUCUACCCUUAAUGGUGAGAGUCUCUGUAACUCGGUCGCCACUCGUUGGAUAAGUAAUUGUCCUUCGGGACCUCCACCUCAAACACCUCGUGGUAAUAGCCACAUACAGUGGAUGAGUAGGGAUCAGAUGGAGAUUGUAGUCAACCGAUGGCCGAACUUUUACUUGGGGUUAGUGUCGAACACAAGAGUGGUUGAGUGUGGAGGAGAUUUGACGGAUAUAUUGAAGGGCCAGGGUAUCUAUCGGGAUGAGUGGAAGAUGCCUCUCGUAAGCUGCAUUACUUCCGAGGAGUUUAACAACCUCUGA